AUGGCGGCCAAAGUCAUUGUUCUCGGGAGCCUCAAUGGCAAGCUCGAACCAGCUUUCCAGAAGCUUGCCACUUUACACGCCAAGAACAACUUCUCAUUUGCCCUUGUCACAGGCGAUUUGUUCGGCUCUGGAGACGAUGGAGCUCUGGUCACGCGUCUACUUAACGGGGAGAUCAAAGUACCUCUCACCACCUACUUCACCGUUGGCACUGGGCCCCUGCCAGCUCAGGUUAUUGAACGCAUUGAAAAGGACGAAGAUAUCUGCGAGAACCUACAUUAUCUCGGCAAGCGCAGUAUCAACAAGACCUCUGAUGGCAUUCGAAUCGUCACUCUUGGCGGCGCCCUGGAUCGAAGUAUUGUGGGCGGACAAUCAAAGGAGCAGCACCUUCCUUUCCACACAGAAAGCGAUGCUAAAUCGCUUAGAGGUGCGAACAAGGCUGACAUACUUCUGACAUCGAUCUGGCCUGCAGGUGUCUGGUCAAAAUCACAAGUCCCUCUCGCCCCUGAAAGUCAGGCUGCAGUCACUAGCACUCAGGAGAUUGCGGAUUUGUGCAGUGCAAUCAAGCCUCGCUAUCACUUCUCGUUUUCUCCUACUGACUUCUUCUGGGAGAGGGAGCCUUUCUUCUAUCCCGACGCGGAAGACAAUACUGACCGACCAAUCACACGGUUCAUCUCAAUGGCCCCCUUUGGUAAUGCUGCAAAGGCCAAGGCUAUGUAUGCUUUCACAUUGCAGGCGGGAGACAGCGCAUCUACGCUUCCUCUUGGAAGCACUCUGUCACCUUUCGUGCAGUCCAGAGGUACAAAGAGACAGGCGGAUGGAGGUUCUUCUGAGCAUUACGAACGCUUCAGCAAUGGUCACCGUGAGCGACGGUCUCGCAGAGGCCGCCAGCAGCGCUCUCCUCCGCCGGGACCGGCACAGUGCUUCUUCUGUCUUAGUAAUCCAGAACUUGCAACACACAUGGUCUGUUCUAUUGGAGAACAUGCCUACGUUGCCUCCGCCAAGGGUCCUCUACCCAGUUCCGACACCUUCUCUGCAUCCGGUGUUCCUUUUCCUGGCCAUCAAAUCAUCAUCCCACUCUCGCACGAACCUACUAUACGAGCGAUUCCUGGUGGUGAUGGCCUAGCGACCUACACAGAAAUGUUGCGGUUUCGUGAGGCGCUGCAAGCCAUGGUCAGCAAAAAGUCCAACCACAAACUUGGCGCACUCACUUGGGAAAUCAACCGCAAUCGUAACAUUCAUAUGCAUUGGCAGUUCGUCCCAGUCCCAUUUGAAUUGCUUCGGAGAGGUCUUGUUGAGGCUGCCUUUAAGGUUGAAGCUGAGAAUCUGAAGUAUCCCUCUUUCAAAGAGCGCAACCUGGGUUCUGGCAUGGACGAGGAAGGCGAUUUCCUUCGCAUUUGGCUUUGGUCUGACGAUGGUAAUGCGACCAUACAGGGUAAGGAACUCGUGAUGUCCAUCGACGAGGGCUUCCGGUUUGAUCUUCAGUAUCCACGCAAAGUAUUGGCAAAGUUGUUGCAACUUGAAGACCGAAGUGACUGGCGUGCUAUUGGUCAAUCAGUCGAGGAGGAGACCAUUGAUGCGGAGCGGUUCAAAGAAGCAUUCAAGCCUUGGGACUUCACACUUGUAUAA